UUCCUUUCCUUGUUCCUUUCCUUUUUCUAUCUUCCUUUCCUUUCCUUGUUCCUUUCCUUUUUCUAUCUUCCUUUCCUUUUUCUAUUUUUCUUCCCUUUCCUUUUUCUAUCUUCCUUCCUUUCCUUGUUCCUUUCCUUUUUCUAUCUUCCUUCCCUUCUCCUUGAAUGGAAGGGAGAGAGAGCGAGAGAGAGGCCGGCCGCCUCAGGAAAGUUUUGCCUUCCAACGGCCCGCGUGUCCUCCUCCCUCGUCCUCCAUUCCCCCCCAUGUGCAGGGCCUUCCCCAUCUUCCUCUUUUGCAAGCCUGGCGAAUCACAGUCCCAGUCACAGAGUCGGCAGGGACCGUGGAGGUCAUCUAGUCCAACCCCGCCCUCCCCUCCCCUCCCCUCCCGCGGGAGGCCCUCACGAGGGAUUCUUCGAACCGCCCCAACGGCCCGGGGCCUCCCCGACCGACGAGGCGUCCCGUGGGCCUUUUUUCCCGGCCCAACGGCCCUUUUGGCUGGCCUCCUUCGGCCAGGGCGGCGCGCUCUGCCCAUGCUCAGGGGCGGCCUGGCCCUCUCCGAGGCCUUGUAGUUCUUCCUCCGCGUCCCCGGAGGUCGCUUCGUUUCGGGUUUUUAUUUUUUUUUAUUUUUUUUCGUUGUUGCUGUGGUAAACGAAACCCGCUUUCGUUUUCCAACGGGCGGCUGCUUCCCCUUCCCGGCGGCUUUCGCGCGAAAGGCGGGGAGGAAAACCCGGGUUGUGAGUCAUGAAACAUGUAACUCAGUCAACUGGACAUUUAAAAAUGUGUCACAAAUACGAUUGACUGGUGCUGACGGUUGAUCGGGUUGCUGCCAGCAUCCUAGGUAUCAACCAAGUAUCUUCUUAAAAUAUGGGGGAGGCCACACGUGUGUUCGGGGCCCUCAGGCAGGAGCUGGUCACCGCCUUGAUCCGGAAUCCUUCCGAACUAAACGUCGAACCUUUGCAGCGCCUGGUGGACGCGCCCUUGCCUCCGGCCCAGAAGUACCUGCAGAUCGACGUCAAGGGCAUUUUGCGAGCCAAUGUCAAGGAGCAGUUCCAGGUGGAUCUCCGCAUGAUCUCCACCGCCUUCCAGAUCCUGGAGAAAUAUGGGCGCAACCUUCUGCAUCCUCGUAAACCUUAUUUCUGGAGAAUGGUCAAAUUUAAUAAUCCGGUUUUCCGGGAUACGGUCGAUACUAUCCAGGGCGGACGGGACGUCCUCCGGCUGUAUGGCUAUUCGGAACAAAAGGCUGAUGGGCUUUAUUUCCCGGAAUCCCAGCUCGAGCCGGAUAUUCCUCAAGUGGCAUCCGUCACCGUAGACGUCAUGCUCCUUCGUGCGGAGCUGACCCUUGUCCUCUCGGAAAAGCACCCAAAUCCUAAGUUGUUGCAAGAAUUAAUGGACCAGGGCUUACAGGUCAACAAGCCUGCCGAUGCUGGAUCCCCGAAUCCACUUUUAGCCAUGAUUCACGCAGGAAAUCUGCCUCUAGACACCUGUCUCCUUUGUGGUUUAGAAGCCCCAUCGCAGCAUUGUGCGGCUUGCAAUCAGAAUUUGUGCCCUAACUGCGAUUGGCUGUUUCAUAAGCAUCCUUCCCGGACGCAUCACCAUCGGGUACCCAUGAAGAACCCUAGCAGAGCGUGGCAGAGUCCCCCACCGCCCCCCAAUCCCAGCCUCUCUAGCAUCUCCUCGGAAACGACUUCUCUGCGGCCCCCCAGCCUCCCCCCACUUCCAUCUUCCCACACCAUCCCCAGUCCGCGCCCACCCUGGCGCUGCGCGGCAUGUCAGAAGAACAACGAUGCCUCCUCCAUCCUCUGCAUAAAUUGCGACCGACCUCGGGGGUGCAAGACCCCCCAGAACCUCGGCCUGGACGACGAGCUGACCAACCAAGGCCAGCUGGCCAGAGGGCGCUGGACCUGUCAAACCUGCACCUUUGAAAACGAGUCGGCCACCGUCCUGUGUGCCGUGUGCGAGAGGCCGCGCCUGGCCGGGAGACCGGGCACUGGUGACGCCAAGCCCUUGAUAGCCUGGGGGGAGGAGAGUGGACCCCAACAGGAAGAUGCCCCCAGCUGGCAGUGCGAACACUGCACUUACCGCAACACCGUCGCCCGACGGAUCUGUGAGAUGUGCAACUGUACCAGCCUGCACGGCGAUCCCCAGCCCUCCCACACCCGGGCCGAGAAAGAGGAGGUGGGCAGGAUGAAGCGACAGGUGGUGGAAGCCCCCGCGGAGCCCCAGGAUCUGUGGAGAGCCCCGUCCAUCUCACCCGAGGAGGUGGAGCAACAGAGGCAGGAGAAGCUGCGGGACGACGGGCAGAAGAUGGUGGCCAUGAUCAGGGAGGCGGAAACUGUGGGGGUAGCCCCCGAAAUGGUGGCAGCCGCUUUGUGCUACUCAGGAGCGGAGCUGCCCCUGGCCUGGCUGAAAUCAGAGCUGCCCUGCGUCCUGGAAGGUAUGGCAGAACUGGCCACUCAGCGAGGCGAGGAAGAGCCCGACGGCGGUCUGGGUGCCAUAACGCUCCAGGAAGUCCAAACCGCGUGGGUGGCCAGCCGGGGCGACGUAGAUGAUGCCGUCAGCCGAUGCCUCAGUGCCCGUCGGAGCAAGGUGAGAGAGUUGAAGUGCCUGGGCUUCGAAGAGCGGGGCCCUGUCUUACAGGCCCUGUACGAGAACAACGGCGACUUAUGGCGGGCCCUGGUGCAGCUGCAGCGGGCCCGCCUGGCACCUUUCCACCAGCGGCUGUGGGAGAGCGAAGACCCUCCGGUGGACUUCCAGAGCGCCGACCGACAGGCGCUGCUGCGGCGUCUCCUGGCCUCGCUGUCUCUGCCCAGCUGGGGCCGGGCCGAGCUGGUGGUCUCGUUGAUGCUCGAGCAGCCGAACGAAGGCUGGGAGCUCUCAGACAUCGUGGAAGCCGUCAAAGCCUCCCCGAACCGUGACUUCAUCAAACGCUUGCUCAGCUGGGAGUGCGCCGUCUGCAGCCUGGCCUUGCCACGGAACAAGAUGCAGUCACUAACAUCGUGCGAAUGUACAAUUUGCCCCGAGUGUUUUGCUUUGCACUUCACCAUCGCUGUAAAGGAGAAACACAUCACGGAUUUGGUGUGUCCAGCUUGCUCCGAGCCGGAAAUCAGCGAUGAGACCGAACUUCUAAAUUAUUUCUCUACUCUUGAUAUCCAGUUGCGCAGUUGUUUGGACCAAGAGACGUACGACCUCUUCCAUAAGAAGCUGACCGAACACGUGCUUAUGCAGGACCCCAAGUUUCAGUGGUGUACCCACUGCUCUUUCGGUUUCAUUUACGAAUCGGAGCAGCUGGAAGCCAAAUGCCCUCAGUGCCGAAAAAGUUUCUGCGUCCAGUGCAAACGCCAGUGGGAACCCCAGCAUCAGGGCCUGAGCUGCGAAGCGUUCCUGGAAUGGAAGCGAACCAACGACCCCGAAUACCAGGCGCAGGGCUUGGCGAUGUAUCUCCAAGAGAACGGCAUCGCUUGUCCCAAAUGCAAGUUCUCCUACGCCUUAGCUCGAGGGGGCUGCAUGCACUUCCAGUGUUCUCAGUGCAGACACCAUUUCUGCAGUGGUUGUUACGGGACCUUUUACGCUUCAAAUAAAUGCCCAAUACCGCACUGCCCGAUCCGGCGGUCCCUCCACGGACACCAUCCACGCGACUGUCUCUUCUACCUGCGGGAUUGGGCCGUGCCACGUCUGCAGAAGCUCCUCCAGGAUAACAACAUUGCCUUCAACACAGACCCUCCAGCUGGGACUCGGGCCACUCCCGGAGGUGGAUGUCGGGUUAUGGAGCAAAAAGAAACUCUGGAUGGCUUGAAGGAUGAACCGUGUGGCAAAGAGACCCCUGCUGGAUAUGCCGGCCUUUGCGAGGCGCACUACAAGGAAUACCUAGUCAGUCUGAUCAACAGCCACGCUCUGGAUCCCGCCGUCUACUACACCUUGCAGGAGGUGGAGAUCGUAUGCCGGCGACACCUCACCGCUGCCCAGCUGCUCCCCAGGGGACCGACGGAGGACGAGGAAGCGUAUCGCAGGCGCCUGAUCCAAGUUCUAAGGGACGAAGUUCCUCUUGACUCGGAGAUCCCACAAAGACGGAAGUAAGACCGAGAAGAUCCCCCAUACGAGAAGGAGAAGCUGCGAGGAACUUCCAAAGGGAUGGAGAAGAAGACAUGUUGCGUUUGGAGAAUUGUCCUUUCCGGUUGGUUGGUUGGUUGGUUGGUUGGUUGGUUGAUUGGUUGGUUGAUUGUUCAUACAGUGGGGCCGUCCUGAGAUGCAGUCUUAAAGCCCUCCUUGCUCUAACCACUAGGUUGCAUUUAAGGGUUGUGUUGUUUUACACCUUUUUUUUUUCUUCUGCCUUGUGUGAUGCACAACCAGAGGUCUCCUCGUUGUGACCAGUUAGAAUAAGGGUGUCCAACCGUGGCAAUUUUAAAGACCUGUGGACUUCAAGUCCCAGAAUUCCCCAGCCAGAGAAUUCUGGGGAACUCUGGGAGUUGAAGUCCACAAAUCUUCAAAGUUGACGAAAUCGGACCUCCCUGAAAAACAAAAGAAUUUUAGAUUUUGUCCUAACACUGUUCAACAAAGUUUUUGAUUUUAAUCUUAAUGGAUUUGUGGGCUGGGGGGAAAAAAAAUUGCUGGUGGGUGGAAUGGAUGCUUUACGUCAGUUGAAAGUUUCUUGUUUCGGUUUUAAUUCCAUUUGUUCUUCCUGAGGUUUUAAUCCCAUUUGUUCUUUCAGCCGGCAUGUCUCUUGGGAAAUGCAUUGGUCUGAAUAAAAUUUAUUUUGUUAAAUGAGA